AUGGAAUCGAACAACAGUUCAACAGAAUAUACGACAUUUGAAAGAGAUCUCUCGCUAACGAUUGGUAUUCUACUGCUGGUGACAUCUCUUGUUUCAAUAAUUACCAACACACUACUUCUAACUGCCAUCUGCUAUGAUCCUUACAAAUGCUUUCGUAACGUACCAAUAGUAUUUGUAGCAAACCUCGCAGUCGCUGAUUUGUUGACAGGACUUGCUGUUGAUCCAUUGCUUGCUGUUUACAAUUUUGGUAUUUAUCAAAACAAACAUUACUUGAAAAUCCCCCUUGUUUCUCACUACAUCGCUUUAAUCACAGUCAACAACGAUAUAGUCACAAUAGUAAUACUCAUCAUCGACCGAAGUGUGGCCAUUAAAAAACCUUUCUUGUAUCGUCGAGUUAUGACACUAAAAUCAGUUACAAUAAUUGUGGCCAUUUCGUGGAUUUACUCUGGAUUUUUCUGCGCAAUUCGCCUGAUGGGAAUGUCUGACAAAGCGUAUCUCUUACUUGAUACACAUCUACAUGUAACUUUUUCAUUUCUCACAUUGACUCUCUUAUUUGCUUUCAUAUACUCCAACUUAAAGACAGAGAAAAGACGGAAACUCAAAGAAGUCACAUCUAUGAAAAUCCAAGUUCUAUUAUUUCUUGAGCAAAACAUUCGAGCCUGUAGCGUACCUGAACAGCGUUCUCAACCCAUUUAUUUAUGCGUGGAGACACAGGAACUUUCGCAAGGCUCUAGGAUGGGUCGUGAAGUGCCGUGGACGAAAAAGGUCAAAUGUUUGAGAAAAUGA